AUGGCCAUGGCCGAGUUAAGGCACCAAAUGCACAUGCAAGAGGUAGAAAAAAAAAUCAAACUAUUGCAGAUGAACUGGUUCAUAAAGAACUACGAAGAGGCUAAUGAAAAUCCAGAUAAACCAAAACCGACCGUUUCGGUGCAAUCGACCAAGCUCAUUGACGAGAUACGGGGAAUGAGAGCCCUGAUCAAGGACAUAAAUGGCAAGCUAGAAGAGUACCAGAAGGAAAUAAACGCGAAAGAGUUCGAAAAACCGGAAGAGACCACACCAGACAUUUCGUACAUGUACCCGGUACCAUUCGAUAUCGAACAACAACUGUACAACGGCAUAAGCAGGAACGAAGAAGGCCGGUAUCGUUAUUUGAAAUCGAGAAACAGAUUUUCACCGGACGAAAAGUACAGAGUGUGUCCGACGUACAGCUACAAACACGGAUGGAACAGUAAUCGAAUGGGCCCCAGCGUGAAACCAAAGCACGGUAGAAAACAAGUGUUAAAGAAAGCGAUGUACAGUAUACACGGCAUCACACUAUACGAAAAGCAUCCUACUCAAAGACCUCCGAAUUCAGCCGGAAACUUGGAAAUCGAGUCUUUAUGA